AUGCUGCGGGACACGAAUAUUUUGCAAUCCAAGGGUAAAACCACAUCAGUCAUUCAGUAUAUAAACACAUCAGGGAGCAAACAUACCUGCUAGAUUCAGGAUAAACCCUGAGCCUACAAUGAGCAUAAGUUCGACCGAAGGUGAAAAAGUACUGCCCAAGAAUUGACAGAGGCUUUAAAGUGGAAGAGCAAACGCAAAGUUGGUACAGCCGACCAGAAUCUCAUGAUUGUUUACCCAGGAUCGUUUUAUAUUCGAGGAUAUGUGACAAUGCACUGAAUAUUAAUCUGAAAGGUCGAAAAAUACGGCUGACCCGAUAAGGCAAGUUUAUGACUUCCGCUUGAGUGCAAUAGAACCAUAACGAGAAGAGAAAAAAAGGAAAUUGAAUAACAUCAAAGUCGCCAAUGCUUGUUGGAAAUGAUCUCGAAUAAUUGCCAGAAAGAUCAGUUAAUCGGCGUGACCGGAAGUCAGCCGAAACUUCACCGUGCCUACUUCGUGUACACGAAUUGACACACUGGCUAAGACGUUGAUUACGUAGACUCGUAGAUGUUUCAACGGUCAAAACUGUUGCUUGUUGCUCGUCGACGUGCAGCACUCAAGGUCGUUCAAGGAAGCGGGAUACUUAUUGUAUCAAGACUCGUUAGCCUCGGUGACAGCCGUGAUAGCUGACCACUGAACAAUGGCCAGUCAGUGCGUGUCCCAUGAGUGACUACGAACUGUGAUCCCCCGAACUCGAACUGAUCGUAAAACUGUUUUCAACCUGCAUUUGGUGCUCUUCUCUGUUUCCGUAACCAAACCAUGUGUCGCAAGCACAGGUACUUUCUCAUGGACGUGCAAUUGGUUCACCUCGUGACGUGACGAUGGCGGCCCUCGUCAGACUCAAGAGGGGUAGCGUGCAGCUGCGGCACGCCGCUCUCGAAGUUAGGGCGGCAGUUCGAGCGCGACACGUAGUCGCGGCUCUGGUUGCCGUAGGCUAUGCCCUUUGCGGCGCCGUAGAAGUCAGCGCCUCCGUAGCCCUUCUAGCAAAGCAAGAAGACAACCAUGCUAUCAUCGACACGUCGUGGCAUUGCAAUAUGCUCGUCAAUAUCACGAGCCGCAAUAAAACCGAAGACCACGAAGUCAUUCUCAUGGAGUUACCGCAAGAGGAGCACACGGAGUCCAUUAUGCGCGAAGCAUUCCUCUGGGGUCAGGUAGCAGGUCCCAUUCUAGGGGGUUGCCUAGUCUGGGGUCGUUCUGGACCCUCCAUCGUCUUCUCUCGCGCUGUCCUCAGUGCUUGUCUGGCCUCGCUUUUGGUGCCCGCUGCUUGGAAAGCACCGUCGCACGUCGCACUCAGGUUGUUUCAAGGCCUGUGUACAGGUGCCACAAUGCCCGCGGCUCACAUGUUGGCGAUGACAUGGUUCAAGUCGACGCACAGAAGUUGGUACUUCUCUUGCUACGCGGCCGUAAGCGUUGGCUAUUGCCUUAUGGGGUGGAUUGGUACUGCAAUGGUUCGUGCCUUUGGGCGCGACUCACUGUGCUACGGACUUGCCAUACUCGCUGUUUGCUGGUACUUCGCUUUCAACCGCUGGGUUAAGAACUCUCCGAAGUCUUAUCAGCACGACACCAACGCAGCGGUAAUCCCCUGGGGAAAGCUGUUGAGGUCCGUUCCAGUCUGGGCAUCUGCAGUGGCAACAAUGGGCAAUCAAUGGGGUGAUGCCACGUUGUCUCUUGGGAUGACCAAGUACCUGAAGCUGAUAUACGGCUUUUCCACGGCGAACGACUCAGUGCUCACUACACUACCGCACAUUGGGCACUUCAUGGCUGCACUGACUUGCGGUCUCCUCGUGGACCAUGUUCGAGAAUCUGGUAUGGUCUCAACAACCACUGCCAGGAAGCUGGUUGUAUACAUGGCACACUUCGUACCUGCUGCCCUUUUAUUUGUGGCGGGAUACGCAGGUUGUCAGGCACUUGGUGCCGCUUGGCUCGGGAUCGCGGCCCUCCUGGUCUCCGGAACGGCCCCUGCUGGUGCCCUGGCUGCAGUCGCCGAUUUAGCUCCUGAAGAAUCACCGGCGUGUGCAGCGGCUGCGUGCGCUCUUUGCUCAACCCUCGGAGCAGCGGGACUUCUAGCUGCAAACUACUUCGUCACUCAAGCAAUUCACGGCUCAAUUGCAGGCUCUUGGCGGUUGGUUUUCGGGGUGGCUUCCGUGGUUCUAUUUUCGACAGCGGCUGUGUUUCUGGCACUUGGUAAGGGGGUACAGCAGCCCUGGAUCCCGUCAGUUGCCAGACCGAAGAGUCACGACGUGAUCUAUGAACAGGAUUCUCUCGAGCUUGACUAUGAAGACGUCGGAGUCCAGACGGAACCCUACGAGUUGUUCGAGGCCUACACCUUGACCGAGGACGUGGAGAGCGUAAAAGAAAUGCCUCGAUCCGCCUCAGUCCAUUCGAAAGCUUCAAAAUUAUCCGUAUAAAUAAUACAUUCCAACAUUACACAUCAGCUGGCUCUCGUCAGUGGAUUUGAUUGCUCGAGUACUGAACGUGCUCUGCAGCAGUUGAACAAUGAUACAGACCUGUUCUUAACAGAAGUUUGAAACCUUACAGCUUUUUCACGGUUCAAACACGUUAGAUCUAGGAAAUGUUAGACCGAUGUCAAGAGAGAAAAAUAACUAAGUGAAUGUGUGGCUACAAACGAAAAAUACAUGCAUAAUACAUGCUUGAUAAAAUUAAUUGAGAAUGAUAAUUAAUUGGAUCGGUGAGGGGACGAAAUAUGUCAACGCAUUUCUCUCAGCGGUAUAGGAUCGCAUUUGAUAUUUACAGACAUAUGCUAUGUAAUAAUGCCUCGUCUGCGACUUGCCAAUUUUUAGAAUUGUACAGCAUAUUUAAUAAGGAUAACAAAUUAACGUAUAGUUUAAGACGCUAGUCGUGGAAUUAUAAAUUUUUAAGAAAAUGUUACAGUAAGGAAGAUAUUGUAAUAAUAAUACUAACAAUAGUGUCAAUGAUGGGACCAGUAAGAAUUAUUGUUAUACUGAUGUACAGGGUGGUAUUUUUUAAUCGUACUAAGCAAAUAUCUCGAAAACUAGAAGAGAUACGAGAAAAAGUUUGAUCCAAAACCAGGGGGGGGGGGGUUUCGAAGGGGAUAAUGCUAAAUAUGGGUUGAUUUGUGAAUUGCGCCACUUUCUAGAUUUUUUGAAUACAUCGUGAUUUCAGAUAGGAAUCACGUAUUUUGACAAUCACUGGCGAUUAACAGGUUUAAAGACAAAUUCAAAAACGCAAAAACAUUUAAUUUUUACAAAUUAUCAGAAUUAUUUUUCACAAUCUUUAGAAAGUGAAAUACUUGGUCAUUUUUUGCUGAGACAAGGCAUUGACCCCAAAGUUUCAUUACUUUUUUACGGGCUAUGGGAGUCGCGUGAUCAUCUCAAAAACACGAUUCGUAUAAUUGUUUCAAACCAUGGGGAUCGAUGCUUUAUUUAACGGAAAGUGGUUGAGUAAGUUGCUUUUUCGACAUUGAGAAAAUUUUUGGAAUUCUUAAAUUUAUCUAAAAAUUCUCACCUUUUUGAAUUUGUCUUGAAACUCAGUAUCAGUCGUUCAUAGUCAAAAUAUGUGAUCCCUAUCUAAAAUCACGAAAUUCUCGAAAAAUCACGAAAGUGGCGUAAUCCACAAAUCAACGCAUAUCAGUGUUAUCUUUCCUCUUCAAACCCCGUCAAUUUUGUGUUAAACCUUUUCUCUCAUCUCGACUAGCUUCCGAGAUAUUCGUCUGGGGCAAUUAAAAAAUACCACCCUGUAUAGAGAUGCAGGUCUAGGUUUUAUCUCAGAGACACAUAUCUUUUCAACAGCAUUCGACCCCAUUUCUCGAACAAAUUGUUCUUAUUCUAGGAUCACGAUACUAUCGAAAUUGUAAGCUAGAAACUUUCUAUGACUUUUUAUAAACUGAUUUGUUGCUUUCCCAUACAAAUUAAACUUUUGUCUAGGAAAAUAUACCUUACAUAUCAUAACAAGAAGCACCUUUUACAUCGUUACCUUCAGUUGAAUAUCAUAUCUUUUCAGCGGAAACUUUGUACGAAACUUGAUGAAAAUAUUUUGUCAGAAGUUUCCUCAAAGGUUUUGAGUUUAAAAAAUUGUUCUGAAUUGGAAAUUUUCAAGGUUAUUGAAUAAGAAUUGGAGAAGGAUGAGUGAAGGAUAAAAAUAAGAAUGGUUUGAACCGUAAGGUAACGACAUUUCAAGAAAAAUCUGCCUUAUUUUUCGAAGUUACUCAGAAGCUGCGAAAUAAAGUUGUUCAAAUGUACAUAGUAGAUAAAAUUAUAUGAAAAUCUAUGAAAUUAAUAUUUUAAUUGAAGAUAGAGAUGGAAUGAACACCCUCAGAUAAUGUCGUUUAUCCGAAAAUUUCUAUCUCACAUAUUUUUAACUAUAGCUGUUGGUUAAUUCUUUAAAUAUAUAAUUUACAUACGAUAGGAAUAACUGUGUUGUAAGUUUUAAAAAAACAAGGAAAGCAAUGAAUUAUUCUUGCUCUGUGAAUUUGAACAAUUGUGUAGGAAGCGAUUUUAACAAUAUGAAAGCAAAAUUAGUAAACUGUCAAUUUCACGUUUUGUGACCCACAUUGAAGACUACUUGCCAAUAUGUGAAGCUUAAAAUUUCUUAGAUCUGAACUUAAUCACUGAAAAAACCCUUGAUAAAUAUUUACAGUUAUCAAGCAACACGUGCACGUUAUCCAGAAAAUAGUAGAAAUCGUUUGAUUAAAUCUGGUUGAUUUUCUGACCAACGCGCAUAUGUUUCUACCACUACAAGUGUUUCAAAUUCAUCAUCACGUAGAUCGUAUGUAGUGUAUGUAUUCACCCGAUAUCAUUCAUAUUACAAAAACAUUACAAAAAUAUUACAACUAUGAUAUUUCAUGUUUCUGUGAAUAUUUUAGUCAGAUUUUUGUGACAUUAUAAAAGCAACGUAACGUUUGUACAGAAAUAUGAAAUUUAUCGUGUUUUUUUAAGUAUUCAUUGAACGUUGGAGUGUAAUGUUUUAAUAAUAUUUCUUCAAUGUUUCAGAGUUCAAAAAGAUAAAUAUUUAUAAAAACUCAACAAGGUAAUUCUGGUUCCAAAAUCUUCCUUACAUUAUUAGAUCCGAUCACAUAUUUGAAGUUUUUGUUCGAAAGAAAUUAAUAUUAUUUAUUGAAUCUUUGGGCUCAUACUUCGAAUUCUGUAAUUCCCCUGGUUGGAAAUCCAGCACGCUAUCUACUCCUCGCUUGUCACAAGACGUUGCUUAUAAUUUCGAUAAUGAUGGAGAAUCGAAAUCAAGAUUAUACCGGGUUUUUAUAAUUUUUUCACAAUUUAAACGUGGAUACAAAAUUCAUUCAGAAAAAUUAUUUCGAUACGUGAGAUUGGAGAUGUCAGUAAUCCGCGUACGUACCACGAUUUGUCUUGACUAGUCUACCGUUUAAACUGCUUCAAGUUUUGAGUGCCCAAGCAAAUGUGUUUGGUGACCGUUCGUUUUUGAAAUAAUUUGAUAUGAUGCAAAUGUCGUACGUAACAUAUAUCCACUAUAGAAAGUUAACCUUUGACUGCCACUGUAGCAUAUUUAAUACAAUGACAAAACAGCAAUUUUCUUAAAUAUAUUCUCCAAUUCUGAUUCAAAAAUCCCGAAGUCAUUUGAAAAAUUGUAAAUGCACUCUAAAGAAAGUUUUCAAUGAAUAAUUUCAUUUUGAAAAACGUUUUACUUGUGCAUGAAAAUUGAAAAACUCUAUAUUUAAAAAGUGUAAUUUUUCAAAGAUUUUGAUUAAAAACAAUGAUUUUUUUCAACGCGAAAAAGGCUCGGCUGGUAAAGAAUUUAGAUUGGAAUAUUUUGGAUACGAGACAGAUGAAUUAUUUUGAUUAUCUUACGAAACGUCAACGCGAAAAGAUGAUACAUGCAUAAUUUCCGUUAACAUACCACGACCAAAAGUUCGGGUGGGUUCAGAAACUCCCUAGGACAGGAACAGAGCUAGUCAGGUCGCUGACGCGAGAACAAAUGAUGUGUCAGUAAGAAUGAUUGCUAACAAAAUUGACUGCAAAAUUUUCAUUGGUUAUCAUUGUACAAGUGCUGCUGCAUGCCCGACGAAUAAACCAAUCGCAUCAUUCUUACACAAUAAUACUCAAAACACCUGAACUAAUGUUGGUAGGAGAGGUUUGAGUAUCUGAAACAGACGAAGUUAUGAUUAACACAAUGACAAAAGUGCAUGCACGGACAACAACAAUGUCGAGCCUGUAAUUGAAGAAACUAUUACACAUCUUUGCAAUCAAAAUCAAUUUUUUACAUGGAAUUAUUGAAUUAAAUAUGUUGUUUGAGUAAAGACUCAAUGUUUAUCGGU